UACCAUGCUGGAUCAAUUCAUAGGCUGUUAUAUUUUAUUUGACUUCUGAACGGUGAGUUGUGAUUCUCCUUUGUUCUAACCUGUCAACAAUCCUCAGAAAGAACUUGACUUCAGGGGCUGGGGUUAUGGAGAACACAUACAGGUCAAGGCCUUCUUCAGAGUUGUGCCCCAAAGUCACCAGCACUCAGAAUCCAAUCUUUAUAGUUAAAGUGUUUUUUUUUAAAAGGCCAUUGAAACAGCUCAAUGGAUAAUAGCUAUCAGGAGAUGUGGUGAUAUUUUGUUUUAACAAAUAAAGCUUGCCUGAAGGUCAGAGUGCAGAGCUAGCCACUAGUUAGCCAUAGAGGCCAGGUAGCGGUGGAACACACGUUUAAUCGCUGCACUCUGAGGUCUCUGAGAGCCCAAGGCCAUCCUAGGCUGCAUGAGUUGGAAUGCACCUAAAAGAGAAACAAAUACUAAUGGUGGCGGCUCACACCUUUAAUCCCAGCACUCGGGAGGUGGAGUCAGGAGGUGGUGAUACGGGUGGGCGGGGCUUAGAGAGGGUAUAAAUUCAGAGGGGAGACAGGGGCUUGUGUUUCAGUCUGAAGUUUCCUAGAGGCAGCAUUCAGUCUGAGCACUUGUAGAGAGAGGAUACUGUAUUCGGUCUGAAGAUUUGUGGAGGUAAGAACCAGUGGCCUGCUCUAUUUCUCUGAUCUUUUAGCUUUCAUGCCCUAAUAUCUGACUCCGGGUUUUUACUAUUAAAACCAAUUAGAAUUCGCACUGCCAGCGACAAGACUCGCGUCCCCUGCGUCCCGAGGCCCGGGCCCAGCCGGAUUUUUCUCUUCGGGCAGACAUGGACUUCAGAGAAAUCCUCCUGAUUGCUUCCAAGGGACAAGGUGUCAACCAUGUUCCGAAAAGAUACAGCUUGGCAGUGGGGCCUCCUAAGAAAGAUCCAAAGGAGAAAGGUGUCCAGCCGGCAGCUGUGCAAGCUUUCCUGCGGAGGAAAGAAGAGGAGCUUAGGCGGACCGCCUUAGAGGAGAAAAGGAGGCGAGAAGAACUAGUCAGAAAACGAAUUGAGCUCAAACAUGACAGGAGAGCCAGAGCUAUGGCCAGAAGGACAAAGGACAAUUUUUAUGGCUACGACGGGAUUCCUGUUAAGGAAAAGACAAAGAAGAGCCAGAGAGCAGAAAGCUGCCCCAACCAGGGCACUGACCCAGAGUAUGAGGUGGAGACAGGGGAGUUCCCAGACUACAGUCAGGGUGAGUUGGAGCAGGAAUUCAAGGAGGACCAAGAGCCUCUCAAAGCUGAAAGCCAACCAAAGGCCCCCCUUAAAAGGGCCCCUCCCCCCAUGACCUUCACUGAAUUAAUGAGGUUAGCUGAGAAGAAGCAGUUCGAACCAGUGGAGAUCAAGGCAGUAAGAAAAGCAGAAGAGAGGCCCUUGACUGCAAAGGAACUCAGGGAGCGAGAGUUUCUUGGACGAAUGCAUAAGAAUAAGAAACCUGAGACAGAAGUCAAAUUCCCUCUGCCUGUGUCUCCCUCUCAUAGGGACAGUGAGGGCACAAAACCCAGCAAGGGUUCUGGGGACAGGCAGCCUUUUCCCAAAGGAUUGCUGUUUCCUCGUGCUGAGAAGACUUCCAAACCCAGCACAGGCAAUGAGAAGCAAGUAGCUUUGUCUCCAUGCAAAUCCACUCCAGGAGAGAGGAUCAAGGCCGAAUCUGGCAGUAGCUCCCAGGCCUCACACAACAGACCUGUCUCCCAUGGGGCUGGAAAGCUCCAGCCCAGCACCUGUUCCUCAAGUGUCCCAAAGACUUCUGCUAGUGGGGCUCAGAAGUCUGCUUCUGAGCAGAAAGCCAGAAAACCUCUUCCUUCUCAUCCCAGUCAUUCCAAACCUGGGCCCACAGUCUUCCCACACAACGAAGCUAAGAGUCCAGGUAUCAGACAGCCAGGCAGCAACACCGACUCAGCUUCUGGACGACCUAGCCCAGGGACAGCUUGGCCCACAGUUAGUUCUGGCGCCAUGCCCAGGCGCCAGAACAGCAGCUCCAGCUCAGGACCCGAGCAAUCCAUCAGUGGGAUCAGAAAGCUGGCCAGCAAUCCGCAUCCCUCUGGACGAACAGUCAAUGGCACAAAUGGUACUGGACUACCUGCCAGCAGCUCCACUGGCCCUGGGCGACCCAUCAGUAGCCCUGGUGGUUCUGGAAAAUCUUCGAGCAGUUCUGGAGGUCCUAGGGGGCCUGUAAACAGUCCACAUGACAUCCGACGACCAGUGAGCAGCCUAGGUCCCCCUGGACGGUCAGUCGGUGGCCCUGGGAGGUCUAUAAGUGGUUCCGGUCCAGCUAGAAGGACUGUCAGUUCAGGCCCUGGAAGACCAGUCAGCAACUUGGGACCUGGACGCACAGUUAGUAGCCCAGGCCUCCCCAUAAAACCCAAGUGCACUGUUGUCUCAGAAACAAUUUCUUCAAAGAAUAUUAUUAGUCGGUCAAGCAAUGGACAGAUAAAUGGAAUGAAGCCUCUGCCGUCUGGCUACAGAUCUGUCCCAGGUCCUCAAAGGCUCCCCUUCCCUACUGGCUACAAAAGGCUUCGAGAGUAUAAAGAAGAAAGUGAUGAUGAAUAUGACCCAGACAUGGAUGAUUUCAUCGAAGAUGAAGGAGACCCUCAGGAAGACAUAUCCAAGCACAUUCGGGAAAUCUUUGGCUAUGACCGACGAAAGUAUAAAGAUGAAAGUGACUAUGCUUUACGUAACAUGGAGAGCAGCUGGCAGGAGCAGCAGAAGGAGGAAGCCAAGAGUUUAAGACUAGGAAAGCAAGAGGACCUCCAGGAGAUGAGACGUGAGAAGGAAGAAAUGAAACGCCAAAAGGCCAAGAAGCUGAAGCUUCUGAAGUGA